AUGUCUAAUUUUCAACAGGUUAUGAGCCAAUCCGUCUCAAACAUCAAGUUUGAUGACUCCCAGAAACUAGUUUCGCGUUUCAACUAUCGUGAAUGGCGUACGCGUAUGGAGGUCACUAUUGGGACUCUUGGUAUGGAGUUCCGGGGUUUCAUUGAAAAAUCUGAACCACCUACCGAGGCUUCGUUGUUUAUUCUUUUUAACCUGACGCUUCAGCUGCUUAUUGACAAGACGGUGUCUAAAGAGAUUGUUGAUUCUCUUCUUGCCGAGAAUCUUUCUGGUCAGGCUCUUUGGGAGGCUAUCCAUGUUGAACUGUUUGCUUUGGAAGCUCAGUAG